AUGGACUUCCCUAAAUCAGAGCACACCCAACCCUUAGCCAUCAUUGGCUUGAACCUCAAAUUUCCUGGAGAUGCUACGUCACCGGAGGCAUUUUGGGACAUGCUACAGAAUGCACGUAAUGCUUCAACGAAAGUGCCGACAUCACGCUUCAAUGUCGAUGCAUUCUACCAUCCAGAUCCAGCUCGUCUGGACAGUAUGCGCGUUCCCAAAGCUCACUUCAUGAACGAAGAUCCUCGAGCUUUCGAUGCUGCUUUUUUCAACAUGUCUCCCGCGGAGGCGUCCAUUCUGGAUCCCCAACAACGCGGACUUCUCGAGGGGACAUAUCACACUUUUGAAAAUGCCGGCUUAGCCAUUGAACGUGUAGCCGGGUCUCGCACCUCUGUUUUCUGCGCCUCCUUUGGUCGGGACAGCGACGCCAUCGUAGCUCGUGAUCCCGAGUUUCAGUCCAGAUACCAGGCAACGUCGUCGGGCUCAUCGAUGUUGUCAAACCGCAUCAGCCACUUUUUUGACCUUCGUGGGCCCUCUCUGACAGUUGACACGGCGUGCUCAAGCGGGUUAUAUGCUCUGCACUUGGCUUGCCAGAGCAUCUUGACUGGAGAGUCUGAUAUGGGUCUUGUCUGUGGCUCGAACACCUACCUCACCCCUGAAUGCAUGAGCUUCCCACUCAGCAACGCCGGUUUCCUUUCACCUGAUGGACGUUCGUAUAGUUUCGAUCGCAAGGCCAACGGCUAUGCCCGUGGCGAAGGGUACGCUUUUGUGCUUCUCAAGCCUCUUGAAGCAGCACUCCGUGACGGAAAUACCAUUCGUGCCGUAAUUCGGGCCACAGGGGUCAACCAAGACGGGCGAACGCCGAGCAUCACCCAGCCCAGCGCUGCUGCUCAGGUCGAGCUUAUCAAGAAUACGUACGAGACAGCCGGCUUGAGUCUUUCUGAGACCGAAUACGUGGAGGCUCAUGGCACGGGCACGCCAGUUGGAGACCCCAUUGAGGCUUCUGCAAUUGGUCAGGUUUUCCGGUCUCACCGGAAUCGCCACGUGUGGAUCGGCUCUGUCAAAAGCAACAUCGGGCAUCUUGAAGGCGCGAGCGGGCUGGCAGGGUUGCUGAAGGCAGUUUUCGCACUCGAAAAGAGUCUGAUACCACCCAUUGCAGAUUUCGAAGAGGCAAAUCCAGCGAUUGAUGUUGGCGAGUUAGGUAUUCGCUUCCCGACGGAACCAACACCUUGGCCAGUAACAGAGUCGGGGAUCCGUCGGGCCUCGAUCGGCUCCUUUGGGUAUGGAGGAUCGAAUGCGCAUGCUGUUCUUGAUGAUGCUUACAACUACUUGCGGACUCAUGGCUUAAGUGGCCACCAUCGCUCUGUGGACUCGCCUCGGAAGAUCGCCAAUGGUAACUUAACAAAUGGAGCUCACACCAACGGCACCGACCCCAAUGAAAGUAAGGUUGACGGAAAAGCUCAGAAUGGAAAUAGCCAAGAUGGUGGCGUUUCUACCAAUUCCUGUGGUCUCUUGACAUUCUCUGCCGCAGAUGAAGAUGGAACACACAGACAAGUCUCGACCCUAGAGAACCAUCUCGCUCAACACCCCAUCAGCUCAGCAGAUGCCCUCGUGGACUUGGCACACACUCUUUCACGUCGCAGUCUCUUGAGUUGGCGCGCUUUCACUGUCGUCGAGUCGUCAGAUGACCUCAAGUCUACACUCGGAAAAUCACUUUCGCCGGUUGUCUUCGCUCUGCCUUCCAAAACUCCUGAGUUGGGCUUUGUGUUCACAGGGCAAGGUGCCCAAUACUCGCGCAUGGGUCUUGGCCUUCUGCGAUAUGAAGUAUUCCGUCAAAGUCUGCUUGACUGCAACGAAUACUUACGAUCCCUCGGAUGCGAGUGGUCGGUUCUGGGAGAAAUGCAACGGCCAGCAGAUUCCUCAACGAUUCACAAGCCGGCGCUUUCACAGCCACUUUGCACAGCUCUCCAAGUUGCCAUAGUUGAUCUUCUUCGAUCAUGGGACGUCGUCCCUCAGUCCGUGUGCGGACAUUCAUCGGGCGAGAUUGCGGCAGCAUAUUGUGCUGGUGCCAUUGAUCGUCUUUCUGCGUGGAAGAUUGCCUACUUCCGAGGAGUCUUAGCCGAAAGGCUGGUAUCUGACGCAUCGAGGGCCAAGACAACUAUGAUGUCCGUUGGCCUAAGCCAAGAAGAUGUUCACACUUACCUUCAAGAUGGGCUUUCAAUUGCCUGCGUCAAUAGCCCUGUCAAUGUAACUAUAUCGGGGCCAGUCGAUGCUAUCGAGCAGCUUUUGAGCAAGCUGGAUGGAGAAGAAAUCUUUGCCAGAAAGCUCUCGGUUGAAGUCGGAUACCAUUCGAAAACGAUGGAGGCAGUCGCCGCGGAGUACCAACAAAAGACUCAGGAUAUUCAUGCUCCGCCACAAGAUGUCAACAAGGCCUCUCAAAAGCUGUCUUCGAUUGCACUGUACUCAUCCACGACAGGAGAGCUCGUGCCGCAUCUCACGGUGAUUGAACCGGCAUACUGGGUACGCAACUUGGUGUCGCCUGUUCUCUUUUCCAAUGCUAUAUCAUCUAUGAGCGAAGCCAAGCAAGGCGCACGUCAGUUCUUGGUGGAGAUCGGGCCACAGUCCGCUCUGCGGCGCCCAGUUCAAGACACACUGGAUUGCGUCAUUGGGAAGACCUCCUCAGAUAAAUGGCGAUAUUCCUGCAUUCUGAAGAAGGAUGGAAACGAUGUCAAGUCCCUGUUGGAAGCCAUCGGAUCCAUGUGGACAGAAGGCAUCCCGUUUAACUUGAGUAAAUUGAACGAGGAUUCAAUCCAGCCCAGUCGUAAACCACAGCUGAUGGUCGACCUCCCUGGAUAUCCGUUCAACCGCUCACGAGAACUUUGGCAGGAAAGCCGACUAAGCCGCAACUAUGCAAAUCGACCUUACCGCCGCCAUGCUCUUCUUGGCGUUCGAGAUAGAGAUUGGAAUCCCGAGGAACCAAGCUGGAGACAUUUCAUACGAUCAGAAGAGAAUCCAUGGAUCUUGGACCACGCGUUGAAUGGGUCUCCCCUUUAUCCCGGCGCGGGAAUGCUAGUUAUGGCCAUAGAGGCCGCAAGACAACUUGCCGCUACUGUGGAGUCUCGCAUUGUUGGGUAUCAACUAGACAACGUGCGUUUUCUCCGCGCCAUCAACGUCAGCGACUCAGAACGAGGAACCGAGGCGAAGGUCGUGCUGCGGCGGCGGAGGCAAGCUACCAACACCAGCGGUCAGAUGCUCUGUUACGACUGGCGCGUCUUUGGCACGAACGGCGACACUGGGAUGAGUGUGCCUACGGCAGUACCAAAGUUGAGUUGGAACCCGAGCAAGGUCACCAUCUACAACGAACUGCAAGAAGAUGCGGAACAAUGCCGUUUGAGUGUUCACCACAGCCAGCUUUACAAGAACAUGUCGAGACGUUCUGGCUUUGACUACGGGCCAUACUUCCAGUUUCUCAGGAAUAUCGGGUACGACAGAGAUGGCCAUGCUACUGAUACUCUAUCCCUGAGAGACUACAUAAAGACGAUGCCAUUCGCCGGAGAAGAUCCAUGCGUUGUGCAUCCAAGUACUCUGGACGCGAUAUGCCAUCUCCAGAUGGUGGCGCUAUCGCAGGGUGGGUGGAAUGCCGUUCCCACUAUGAUGUUCUCUCACCUUCGAAAGCUUUGGGUUUCACAUAAGCUUUUCCGUGCCCAGGACAACCCUCAAAUCAAGGUCGCAACUCAUGAGACCAUGAGAGCUUUCAGAGAGGCGGAAUGUCGAACGACAGCCAUGCUUGCUGGGACCUCCGAGCCCGUUAUCGUCUUGGAUGGUCAGCGCGGCACCGCUAUCUCAAGUUUGUCAAAGACGAACGCGGAUAUUGGCUCUGACAAGGACUCCAAUAAGUUGUUCUACAGUCUUGAUUACAAGCCAGAUCUGUCGCUUCUGACUGAAACUGAAAAGAGCAAGUACCUCACCAACGCCUUCGAGCAAGAUCCUCGGAGCAAGGCCCCAGACAAAGGAAUAAUUGACCGCGCCGACGCCAUUGCACUUCAUUUCAUCGAAGCCGCUCUCAGCGAGAUUGAUCAAGAUGACCAGGCCACCAAGUAUGAUGGUAAUCUGGAGCGUUAUGUGGCAUGGAUGCGCCGAGUUCGUCAGAGCAGAGAGAAGUGGACGCUAGAGUCUCGAGGACUCGGCGGCUUGGAUAUCCAGGAUAUUCUGGAGGAAGCUGACUCUGAGCCUACGCAGAGGCUUACCAAAAAAGUUGGUGAGCAUCUGUACCGCAUCUUGAGAGGGGAAGAGAACGCCCUGCAAAUCAUAUUCGAGGGCAAUCUGGCAGAUGAAUUCUAUCACUCAAACAUCUUUUCAACCAAUAAUAGCAAGAUGGGUGCCUAUAUGAACAUCCUGUCUCACGCGCAGCCAAAUAUCCGCGUGUUAGAGGUUGGUGCUGGCACGGGGAGCUCGACUGGUCGGAUCCUCCCAUACUUAUCGGUGGAUGGGGAAGAAUGGGGUCCUUCCAAACCUGUUCGCUUUGGCGAGUAUGUCUACACGGACGUGUCAGCCGGCUUCUUCGAGAAAGCCCGCGAGCGUUUCUCCUACGCCGCAGACCACAUGACGUUUCGAAAGCUCGAUCUCGAACAAAACCCAUUCUCUCAAGGCUUCGACAAGGCAAGUUACGAUGUUGUUGUUGCGGGUAAUGUUCUCCACGCAACAAGCGAUUUGAUCCAGACCCUUCGAUACGUUCGAAGCCUCCUACGCCCUGGCGGUGUCCUCAUCCUCGGAGAGACGGUGAACCUCGAUAACGUCCGCGACGGCCUCAUUUUUGGUCUCUUGCCUGGCUGGUGGCUGCGAGACGGGCAGUGGUGGUCUACGAAUGAGGAGUACCAAGAUCAAGGCCCUCUGUUGACCGAAAAGCAGUGGGAUGUCGUCCUACGUGAAGCUGGGUUCCCCGGAGUCCAGAUGACGUUCAGAGAUCAUGAAGAAAAGCCGCAUCAUCGUGUGUCAGUCAUGAUGACCUCCAAGGUUGAAGACGAAACCACAAGCGAAGAUUACGUCAACGUUGCGCCUGAUCAACCAUGCGGAAGCUCAAGUUAUGGAAUCAUUAUCGAUCCAUCAUCUGACAUCCAGAGAGUUGUUGCUGAGACGCUUCGGGAGACUCUUACAAAGGAAUUUGAAGUUCGCGCACCAGAAGUCAUCAACAUGGACGACAUCCUUUCAAACACCACCCAGCUGCAAGACAGGAUCAUUGUCAGCUUUCUCGAACUCGAAGGCUCCAUCCUCAAAGAAAUUUCCGAGCCUACCUUCACCGCCACCAAGAAGAUCUGUCUCGACACCAAAUCAACCCUCUGGGUGACUCGCGGCGCCAGCCCCAACGCAUCAGUUCCCGCGUCAGACAUAACUACAGGCUUCGGACGAAGCGUCUGCUCCGAAAGAGGCGACCAAAACUUCACGACCCUAUCCUUGUCCACGACUCCCACAGCCAUCUCCAUUCCGACUAUCGUCGACCACAUCACCCGCGUCCUCAAGCAUCACCGUCCAGGUCUUGACAACGAAUCCGAGUUCUCAGAAACAGCAGACGGUAUUCUCUGCAUCCCACGCCUCACCCCAACCUCAUACCUGGAGCAAACCCUCUCCCAGCGCCACAAGAUGCCAGAACCCAAGACUUACAGCACCACCACCCCUACCCCAGCCAAACCUCACAUUUCGGCAAGUAUCGAAACCCCCGGUCUCCUUGACACACUAUUCUACGCCGAGUCUUCCCAAGAUUCUGGCGAUCUAGCCGACGGCGAAGUCGAGAUCGAGAUCAAAGCAACCUCUCUCAACUUCAAAGACGUUAUGAUCGCCCUCGGCCAGAUCCCGGGGCGCUCCUUCGGGUUCGACGGCGCAGGUAUAAUUUCCCGCACCGCCCAAAACAGUUCCCUCCGUCCCGGCGAUGCUGUCCUCUUCUGUUCGUCCAAGGGCGGUGGCUUCGGCACGUUCGUGCGCUGUCCAGAGCAUCAGACGGAGAAGAUCCCGCAGGAGAUGAGCUUCCACGUCGCGGCGGCGAUCCCGGCUGUCUGGUCGACGGCGGUGUACUCGCUGGACCACAUCGCAAGGCUACAGAAGGGGGAGACAGUACUGAUUCACUCCGCCGCGGGUGGCGUGGGACAAGCUGCCGUGCAGCUCGCGUUGCUGAGGGGCGCCGAGGUGUUCGCGACGGUAGGAAACGAGGCCAAGCGGCAGCUUGUGAAGGAUCUGUUUGGGUUGGACGAUGGCCACAUCUUCAACAGUCGCGACGACACCUUUGCCGAGGACGUUCUUCACGCUACAAAGAAUCGCGGCGUGGAUGUUGUCCUCAACUCGCUUGGCGGCGAGCUUCUCAGACAGUCGUGGGAAUGCAUCGCGCCCUUUGGACGGUUCAUUGACAUCGGCAAGGCGGACAUCAUCGCGAACAACACGCUCCCCAUGGGUCCGUUCAACAAGAACGUCACAUUCUCCGCGGUGGACCUUGUGGUUGUCCACGAGGAGGCGAAGCCGCUGAUGAAGAGGAUCUUGCAAGAUGUCGUGCGUCUCUUUGAGGAGCAUCCAGGGCUGGCUAAGCCUAAGCCGCUGCAUGUAUUCUCCCCGUCGAAACUUGAGGAUGCGAUGAGGUUUCUUCAGGGGGGCAAGAACACUGGUAAGGUUGUGAUUGAUUUCGAUGCAUCAGAUGAAGUCAUCUACCGACCUUCGCCGCAACCUGGACUGGAGUUUAGGGACGAUGCGACGUACAUUGUCAGCGGUGGGCUAGGUGGAUUGGGUCAGGAAAUUGUGAGGUGGAUGGUCAGCCGAGGAGCGAAAAAUCUGCUGCUGCUAUCAUCUCGCGGAGCCCAGGGGCGAGCGGACGCGAUGAAAUUCAUCGACGAGCUCAAAAGCACCCACGAGGUCAAAAUCCUCGCGCCAGCAUGCGACAUAACCAACCGCACCCUCCUCGCCGAGACGCUUCGCCAGGCCAGAGAGACCCUCCCCCCAGUCAGAGGCUGCAUCCAAGCAGCGAUGCUCCUGCGCGACGACAUGCUCGCCAACAUGUCCGCCGCCACCUUCCACGCCGCCCUCGACCCGAAAUAUCUCGGCUCCCAGAACCUGCACGAGCUGCUCCCCCCAGACCUGGACUUCUUCAUCAUGCUGUCCUCCUUCUGCGGGAUCAUGGGCAACCGGGGCCAGAGCAACUACGCCGCCGGCAACGCCUUCGAGGACGCCCUCGCGCGGCACCGGGUCGUGCGCGGCCUCAAGGGCGUGGCCGUCGACCUGAUGUUGGUCGCCGAGGCCGGGUGGGCCAACGUCAAUUACGAGUCCGUCACGCAGAGCCUGCGGGCCGGCCACGGCGGCCUGACGCAGGCGCAGCUCAUUGCUCUGCUGGAGAUGCUGUGCGAUCCCGCGUAUGAUUGCUCGCGGCCCGGGGCGGCGCAGGUUGUGAACAUGGUCGAUAGCCCCGCGGAGCUGGCGCGGAUGACGGGGUUGGGGCUGUUGGACUGGAUGCAGAAGCCGAUUUUCAACAAUCUCUUGCGCAUGGGCGAGACAGAUGAUAGUGACUCGGCUGGCGGGCGCGGGGCAGCUGGGGACGAUAAGGGUGACGAAGUUGAUUAUCUUGGUCUUGUCAAGACGGCGGCGGACUUGACUGCGGCCGGCGAGGUUGUCACACAGGGCCUGGUGCAGAAGCUGGGAAAGAGCUUAUCUGUCCCGGCCGAGACACUUGAUGUUGGGAAGCCUGCGUAUGUUGUUGGCGUGGACUCGCUGAUUGCGGUCGAGGUGAGAUACUGGUUCAUGAAGCGGCUGAAUGUUGAGGUGCCUGUGUUUGAGAUCUUGAAGAACCAGAGUAUCACGGAGUUGUGCCAGCAGGUUGCGUCAAAGGUUCUUCAGGGAACAGCUAAAUAG